CCCAGAACUUUUAGCCAAUAAACAAAAAAAUUACAGCCCUAAAGUUAAACUCAAAACUCAUAUACCAUCUUCUUCCCGGCAGCUGCUGCUGCAUUUGCUGUGUCUUCCUCACCGCCGUUGCUGUUUCUGCUCUACCUUUCCCUUCCGCAGCUGCUGAUUCCGCCGUGUCUUCCCUGUCGCUAUUAUUCGUUGCCGCCGUCUCAGCUGCUGCUUCGUACUGUAUCCCUUCGUCUGCUGCAAUCAUUUCGAACUAUAACAUAACUGAUAAACUGUUUCUUUUCAAUUCCCAAGCCAAAAUACAUGAUGGAAAAUAAACCGUCCAGUUCGCCGAAAAGCUUUGUUGAUCAAGUAGUUGUUCCAGGAGAUGUGGUUCUUGAUCUCUCCACUAUGACUAACCAGACUAUCAAGCUGGGUGGUGGCCUCCGUCAGGAUUGUGAUGCUAUUGUGGUUAUGAAGGCCGGAAAACUAAGGUUCUCAAAGCCGAAUAAAUAUUGGGUGGAAAGCUCCCAGAAAAGGUACAUGCCUUGUGCAGAGGACAGUGUGCUCGGAAUUGUGGUGGACUGCAAAGCAGAUAAUUUUAUUGUGGAUAUAAAAGGACCAGCUCUGGCAUUUUUGCCUGUGCUUGCAUUUGAAGGAGGCACAAGGAGAAACAUACCGAAAUUUGAGAUAGGUACUUUGCUUUAUGUUCGGGUUGUGAAGGCGAAUCCUGGGAUAAAUCCUGAGUUAUCCUGCACUGAUGCCAGUGGCAAAGCAGCAGAAUUCGGUAUACUCAAAGAUGGGUACAUGUUUGAAAGCUCAACUGGUCUAUCAAGAAUGUUGUUGAGCUCUCCGACAUGCCCAGUUCUAGAGGCUCUUGGUAAAAAGCUCUCCUUUGAGAUAGCAGCAGGCUUAAAUGGCCGUGUUUGGGUGAACGCCACCUCCCCAUCAAUAGUAAUUGUUGUUGCUAAUGCAAUCAUAAAGUCGGAGACAUUGAGCGGGGUGCAGCAGAAAAUUAUGGUGGAUACUCUGCUUAACAAAAUCCGAACAUGAUUAGAAAACUCUCAAUCAAUCAUUAUAUAGAAGUUUUACGCCAAAAUAUUUGAGGACAGCAAGUUCAUCCUUCACAGCGAGGCAUCAAUUUUUUUUUGUAAUUUUGGAGAAUUAUUGAGGUGAGAUGAAUUUCUGUAUCAUUUGAGUAUAAUAGAAGUAGGUAACUAGAGCUCCUCCCCUUUUGGAAGUCAUUAUUUUGUCAAUUCAAUUUUGUUUUUGUUGCUU